AUGGUCAAAGGUGGCGGUGAGUCGGAAACCGAGCUCGUCAACAAAAUACGACAGAUCAAGGCUCUCGACCACUGUGACUCCUUCCGCCUAAAGAACAACGAAACGUACAUCGUCAUGGGCAUGGACAGUAAGAAAAUGGAGGAAGACAGCCCUGGAGAUGAACAAUACGUGUACGUGAUUGACAGCGACUCCGUGGUGAUCCAACUGUCGUCUGCCAAGGGGCCGAAGAUAAACAACGUGAGGGGACCACGGCGCAAAGCAAAUAUGUGCGAAUGGGGAAAGCUUGUAACCUGGUUUAUCAACGAGUUCUCCAAUGAGACGACCCGUUGUUUCACCUGA